AUGACAAUACCCGAAAGAAAACAGGGUCCUAUUGGAUACGCAUGUAGCCGGUCACUCUUAAUGGCUGCCAACAAGCUUCCGUCAAAUCCAGGACGGGCUAUUCUUGUGCACACGUUGCUCCAUGCAUACAAGCUAUUUUCUCAGAACCAAGAGCCCAACAAGGAUGAUCAAGAGCCACAGUGCAAAGUCAUUCCAGUUAAGCCUCUUGGUGCCGCACAGCUCAAAACAUACCACGAUGCUGGAUUUGUUGACUUUAUUUUGGAAUUAGAUUCUGUACAAUCCAGCGACGCAGAUAAUGAUGCUGAGCUUGAAUCAUCUUCUGAGGAAGAUGAAGAAGACAGUAACAAACCUCCAAGGAAACGAUUAAGGGAAGAUGUCCGACACAAGACUCCACAAAUUAUGAUUAAACCAAACUCAUCUCAAGAUUCCAAAGCACGAAAGAGAAAAACCAAGCUUUAUCGCAAGUACGAGGCAUAUGGACUAGAAUAUGAUUGUCCUUAUUUCCCAGGGAUUUCGGACUACGUGCGGCUCGUGGCUGGGGCUUCGGUUGCGUGUGCCGAGUACAUUUUAGAGCAUGAAAAAAAGAGUCCAUCCACAGAUGAAAGUGAUAUUCCACAGCAAGCGCCUAUUGCCAUCAAUUGGCAGGGAGGGAGACAUCAUGCAAGGAAAACUCGGGCGGCUGGGUUUUGUUAUGUGAAUGAUGCAGUUCUGUGCAUCCAGCGGUUGCGUAAAAAGUUUUCGCGAGUUGCAUACAUUGAUCUGGACUUGCACCAUGGUGACGGUGUAGAAACUGCGUUUGCACGAUCGUCUAACGUUGCUGUUGUUUCAGUUCACAGGUACGACCGUGGGUUUUACCCUGGAUCUCCGUUUGGAUCGCUUGAAUAUGAAGGUGGUGGGAAUACAAAGUACAUGAACAGUUCUGGUAUUGAUAGCAACAAUGAAGCCAAGUAUUUUGGCAAACUACCUGGAUACGGAUACACUCUUAAUAUUCCGACAAAGCGCGGGCUGACUGGCGAGUCAUUGGACCGGAUUAUGCGCGAGAUUGUAACUCCCUUUGUAACCAAAGUAUUUUGCGCAGAUUGUGCCGUUGUGGUACUGGGCACAGAUGGAUUAUCGCGAGACGAACACCGUGAGUGGCGGCUUUCUCCACGCGACUACGAGCGUGCUAUGCGUGAGCAUGUGCGGGAUGCUUGGAAUCUUCCAACAGUUGUGCUGGGUGGUGGCGGGUACCACCACGCAGACACAGCACGCGCAUUAACAGCAGCAACGGCAGCAUUGCUGGGUCGGCGUGACCAGGACAACUGGGUAGAUAUUCCAGAACAUGCCAUGAUGGACGCUUAUUGUGACGAUGCGUAUGAGUUUUGGGCUGGAGAGAGUAUAUCUGAGAUGAAUGAUGAGAAUGCAGGGGAGCACCUAGAUCAUCUUGUAGAGGUUUACCAAGCCCGGUUUAAACGAAAGUACAAGUGA